AUGAGUAAUUUAAUAAUAAAUCUUAAUGAUUUACAAAAGUUGAGACAAUAUAAUGAUAUCAACCAUAAUAAUAAUAGGAUCCAGUAUUCAACCAUUGAUCCAAUUCGAUGUCGUGUGCUAACACAAAUAGAGGAACUGGAGUUUAUGGACCCUAAGACCACUUCAUUAGCAAAUUUUUACAUGUGUAACAUAAAAAUUAAGAACAUUCCAAUCUUCGUUGACAUUUUCAACAAACAGCCUCAGGAUGUUAGUAUUGUUGUUAAGAUCGAUGAAAAUGUAUAUGAUUCUGUGUUCCGCAAAGGGACUGUAUCAGUACAAAGAGGUGACUUAUGUGAGAUGACUCUCGUAACAUGGAGCCCACAAGAAAACUGUGACAGUACUACCGAUCUAUGGGAAGUAGUUGAUAUGAAGUUCCUUACCUUGAAGGACGUGGAAACUUUACAUAAUUUUUUAUUAAGUGAUAAUGGUAGACAAUUCCUGGAGAUAUCAAAUCCAGUUCAAAAUAUUACCUAA